UCAUGUGGUCCACACGGUAUUUGUUUAAGUCAUUCAACACAAGAUGGCGAGAUCCACGAAAGACACAUGUUUUCUGUCCAGAAAUGGUGAGAAAGAUGUCGACGAAACCCUCUUGAACGAGAUGGAAGAUGACGACGAUGAAGAAACCUGGUUAGAAUGUGAUGACGAGACAGAGGGGAGCAACCAAGAUGCAAGGUGUCUGUUCUGUGAAGCCAUGCUACCAUCGCCUGAAGAUGUCCUCUUCAAUCACUGUCCAAAGAUCCAUGACUUUGACAUCAGAAUAAACAGGAGGAAAUAUGACAUGGACUGCAUUGCUUUCAUCAAAAUGGUCAACUAUAUUCGCUCUAAGAAUUCAACUAGUUCUGAUCUGAAUAACAUCAAUCCUACGAGCAAUGCACCCUGGGCCAGCGAUGAAUAUAUGAAGCCCGUACUGGCAAAUGAUUCUCUGUUAUUAUUUGAUAUUGAAUCUCUUGACAACGAAAGUUUAUCCGAAACAUCCCAAGAUAACAUGUCAGACGGUCGCCAAGACGACAUAUCAGUUCCAGCAGAGGAGUAUCGGACACUCCUUCAGAGGCUACAGGCCGCGGAGCAGAGAGCAGCCAUCGCUGAAGAGUCAUUGUCAAGAGCAAUGCAGGAUCUUAACAUCACUAAAGAAUUUGCCCUGAAAGUCUUAGCAUCUCCAGGCAGUGAUGGAGACAAGUUGUCAUCCUCGGCUGCCCCGGAUAAAACCCCUGAGGAAGACCAGGCUUAUUUUGACUCCUAUGCCCACUAUGGCAUCCACGAGGAGAUGCUCAAGGAUAAAGUCAGGACGGAAAGCUACCGAGACUUCAUCUACGACAACCAGCACAUCUUCAAGAAUAAGGUUGUGUUGGAUGUUGGUUGUGGCACCGGCAUUCUGUCCAUGUUUGCUGCCAAGGCGGGAGCUAAGCAGGUGAUAGGGGUUGACCAAUCAGACAUUGUCUAUCAAGCCAUGGAUAUUGUCAGGCAGAACAAACUUGAGAAUACUGUAACGCUGAUCAAAGGAAGGGUUGAAGACAUCACACUCCCUGUUGACAAGGUUGAUGUAAUCAUAUCUGAAUGGAUGGGAUAUUUCCUCCUGUUCGAGUCGAUGCUGGACACAGUUCUCUAUGCCAGGGACAAAUACUUAACCAACGGAGGAAUGGUCUAUCCCGAUCUGUGCACCCUGAGUUUGGUUGCCGUUAGUGACACAGUCGGCCAUGCCUCCAGGGUAGCAUUCUGGGAUGACGUGUAUGGAUUUAAAAUGACGUGCAUGAAGUCUUGCGUACUAGAAGAGACGUCAGUGGAUUAUAUUAACGCUGAUACCGUCAUGUCUGAUGCAGCGAUGGUCAAGUGUUUAGACGUAACCAGCGUGAAUGUUAAAGACCUUGAUUUUACAACAGACUUCAAACUGAGAGCGUCAAGGGACGGGGAGUGUACUGCGAUUGUCGGAUACUUUGAUGUCAUUUUUGAGAAGAACUGCAACAAGACAGUAAUGUUUUCCACUGGUCCAAGCAGCCAGCGUACCCAUUGGAAACAGACAGUAUUUCUCCUCAGGAAGCCUAUUCCAUUAAAAGCGGGGGAAGUACUCUCCGGAAAAAUCAACUGUCAGAAGGACACAACAGACUCUCGGAGUCUUAUCGCGACCUUUGAACUUGAUGGGGAGAAAAUUAAGUACUUGGUGAGGUGAUUGAGACAUUUUGGUGGGAAAGGGGAGGAGGGAUCUUUUGGAGAGGUGUAUCAAAUUGUAUUUUAUAAAUAAUUGAAUUGUACUAUAAGACACCUUUGGUAAUUGUCAAAGACCAGUAUUCUCACUUG